UAAUUCCAAACAAUUUAAAAGUCAUUAUUUCCUUAUAUAAAUAGAUGCAGUUUGAUUUUUUAAAAUCAGUAUGGUCAAAAUGAUGAACCGAAAAGUUUUAUUGUCAGUUUUCUUGCUCAGCUUUUUGAUGGCUGUUGGUGUGGCACAACAGGACAGCAGCAGCAACAACAACCAGCCUCCACCACCAAUGGGAGGACAGGGCCAAGGUGGCGGUGGUGGUGGUGGACAAGGAGGUUUUGGAGCACAGGGAGGUUUCGGUGGUCAACAAGGCGGACAACAGGGUCAAAGUGGAUGACUAUCUUUAACUAAAAGCUCAAUUAUGUCUUAGAAAGUGUAGUUGUGAAUAAAGCAGUUCAACAAAAUAUGUGUAUUUAUUAAUUUUGUCAGGCAGUAUAUUGUAAAUUGUGCAAUAAUAACCACGGAAAUAAUUUUU